CGGAAGUCGAAAUAUCCUAGGGAAACAAAUGGAUACAUUAAGAGAAGCAACACAGAAAAGCAGCAGAGCAUAGUAAUAUCUAAACAGGACAACCCCGCUACAGUAUACCCCUGAGAUUAGGCAUGAAUGGACAAAAGGGUGUAUAGUGGAUGAACACAACAGUGAUGGAGUUGUCUCAGAGGGAGCGGCUCUCAGAGCUGGUGGAGGAGCUGACCACAUCGGGGCAGCCACAGCUCAACCAGGACAAGAUGAAGAAAAUCAAGAAGAUCUGCAAAGUGUCAAAUGACUGCAUCGACCACCUGUACCACUUAGUGAUGGCUCAGCUCAACCAAGACCACUGCGAGGUGCGACUGUCAGCCUUCCAGAUCGCCUCUGAGCUGUUUUCCAGAUCACACCACUUCAGGACGCUGCUGGUAGACAACUUCCAGUACCUGCUUUGGAAAUGUCUUUCCUCCUGCCUUCUGCUCCUGCAGGAGUUCUUGGACUUGACAGUGGAGACAGACUUAGAUCAGCCCCUCCCUCCUCCUAAAGAAGUAGCCAGGAAACUGAGGUCACUGGCUAUCCAAACCGUCCAGUCAUGGCAUGCCUCACAUGGCACAGCUUAUAAGAAGUUGGCACUGGGCUACCACUUUCUCAAACAGGUUAAGAAGAUCGACUUCCAGGAUGCCGAGGCCAGGACUGUAGCAGAGAGGGGGAGGGAGGAGGAGAGACAAAGGAGAAUGGAGAGGAUCUACAAGGAGAGAGUUGAGGCAGCAUGCAAAGACAUGGAGGAGUCGUACCAGGAAAUUGAGGCAACACUGACAGAGAUGGAGUCCUGUUUGAGGCUACUUUACCCUGAGUUUGGUCUCACAGACAUCCACUCAGCCAGCAACACACCUUCAAGAUCCCAUAGAGACAACGAAUUCCCAUCAGAUGAUGGACAGCCCUGCUGCAGUAAAGAUGUGAGGGAUAACAUGAAAGAAGAGAUGGAGGAGAGCAGGGAAGCGAAAAAUAGGAAUGGAAAGAAGGAAAUAAUGUCUCAAAAAGAGGAGAGGGAGCCUUGGAAUGAGCAGAAGGAGGAGAAGAAAGAUGAGAUUGAGAAAGUGCUUGGGGUGGGAGAGGAGGAAGAAGACACAGAAGAGGAGGAGGAGGGGGGAAGUAGUGAAGAAGAGGAAGACAGACCUUUUGAUGAGGACUUGUUUAUUCGGAACUCUGGACUAAUUUCUCACUCUUACAGUCUGGACCUGAACCUCAGUCCAGGUUUUCAUGUAAAGGAGUCAGAGGAUAAUGAGGCAGUGGUUUCCACAGUGAUAGACCUCCACAGACUGAUAACAUCCAAACACCUCCCAGCUGUGCAAAGCUGGGUGCAGGUGUUCACUAAGACUGGUGCGGGGCAACAGCUUUUAAGGAGAGCACUUGAUCUGAAGACAUCUUUAGAAGCAGCACUGCAAAAACACAAAGAGCUCCACAUCGACUAUAAGACCAGGGUCCGCAAAGUGAUGAAGGCCUCUUCAGACGGACAGGAUGAGGAGGAUGAUGAUGACGAUGAUGACUUUGAUGAGGUUCCAGAGAAAGAGGGAUAUGAGCCACACAUUCCAGAGCAUCUAAGAAGCGAGUAUGGUUUGGAUCCCACUCCUUCCACCUCAGCAGCACCUGUCACAGCAAAACUUCCUGCUAAGAGACCUUCAGCUCCAGCCCCUCAUUCUUCCUCACACUCGUCUACCUUCAGGCGUAUGAAGCGUCUCACAGAAGAGGAGCAGGAUCCAACUUGUGCAGCUGCCACGGUGCGCCUCCUAAGACAGAGCCUUCCUCUUUCUGUGGAGCCCAGCAGCAGCAGCAGCUCACCAGGUCCCAGAUCAUCUCGGUCCAGCUCAGACCAGAAGGCUGUGGAUGCUCCUGUGGUUCCAUUUGGUUUGGACCUGUACUACUGGGGACAGGAGCAGCCCAAUGCUGGCAAGAUCAUCAAAGCGGCUUCUCAGCAUCAGUUCUGGGUGCCCAUUGAGGUGGAGGAAGAGGUGGAAAAUGAGCAGUUACUGGCAGAGAGCAAGAGCAGAUACAUCUCCUUCCCUGGAAGCUUCACUCCUGUCAGUCAUUACUGUAGAGCUCCACUGGGUAAUGGAAAGCUGUGUCAGAGGCAGGACCGGCUCAAGUGUCCUUUCCAUGGCCGGAUCAUUCCUCGAGACCAGGAGGGUCGACCCUGUAAGCGAGAGGACCAAGUGAGGGAGGAGCAGGAGGAGAGGAGGAAGAGGACAGAGCAGCCUGACUGGCGUGAUGCAGAGCUGAUGCGAGACAUUGAGGCAGCAACAGGAGAAAACCUGGGUUCGGACAGAGUGGGUAAAAAAGGGAAGGGGAAGAAGAAGAAGUUUCCCAACCUCAGUGAUCUGAAGCAGAGCGCCAACACAACCCGUUCCAGACUGGAGAAAAAAGUCUUCAACAAGAGCAGCAUGCGGAGAGUGGCUCAGGUGAUGAGUAAAGCUGACGGAAGAAAACAUGACAAGUUCUCCAACCAGUUCAACUAUGCUCUCAACUGACCUCCAGCCAGUGUCUAAGGCCUCUGACUAAAAUGACACGGACUGAGGAGUGCUUCUCAUUGAUUCUGUUUGUACUGAUCCGAAAGGAAGAUCUUAAUUGUUGAUGUGAAAAUGCUGUAUAUGAAUCUGGUUACCAGAUAAAUAAUUGUAUUAGUGUUUAAUAUUUUAAACACUAUUUGAACACAACAGUGCAGUUGGAAUGAUUUGACUUGUGUCUCAACUUUUUAAGGAAAGGUAAUUUGAUCAUUAUCAAUCAAUCAAUCAAUCAAAUUUUAUUUGUGUAGCCCAUAUUCACAAAUUACAAUUCGUCUCAUAGGGCUUUAACAUGGUGUGACAUCCUCUGUCCUAAACCCUCAGCAAGAGUAAGGAAAAACUACUAAAAACCCUUUUAACAGGGUAAAAAUACGUAGAAACCUCAGAGAGAGCCACAUGUGAGGGAUCCCUCUCCCAGGACGGACAGAAGUGCAAUAGAUACCACGUGCAGGAAAACAUCAUCAAGAUUAAAGUCUUCAAGAUUAAAGAUUAAAGUCUCUAGCAGCAUUUGAUGAGGGUAGACAUCCCGAAGGACAACCCCAACAUGACAUGCCAAGCAGUUCCGCUGCAAUCACAGUCAAUGGUCAGCAACCAGCAGGACCACGAUCCACCAUCCAGACCAGAACGCCACUCCAGUCCUCAGUCACCGUCCACCGCCAUCCACCACGGGCCGCCGCCGCGGUCCUGGUCCAAUGCUCGUACCCGAUGCCAACGCGACACAGGGUCCACCACCACCACCACCACCACGAUCAGCCCACACGACACAGAAUCCGCCACACUGGGUCCACCACCACGACCCCCGGUGCGCGAUCAACAAACCGCAAUCCAUGGUGCGGCCACAGAGGCCCUGGAUCUGUGGGUGAUAAAGCAAAGGGAUUCCGGGGAAGGGGGAUAGGGAUGGAGAAGAGGAAGGAGAAGCUGGAAAAAGAAGCCCCGUGUGUCAUGUGUCAUAAAAUAGAACAAGUUACGUUCUGCCGCACUAAUUAGCUCUAACUAUAAGCUUUAUCAAAAAGGAAGGUUUUGAGCGUUAAACGAACAGAUGGUGUCUGCCUCCCGAACUGAAAGUGGUAGUUUAUUCCACAGCAGAGGAGCUUGAUGGCUGAAAGCUCUGGCUCCUACUCUACUUUUAGAGACUUUAGGGACGACAAGUAGGCCUGAAUUCUGGGAGCGGAGUGCUCUAGUGGGUUUAUAAGGUACUAACAGCUCUUUAAGGUAAAAAGGCGCUAUAUUAUUAAGGGCCUUGAAGGUGAGGAGGAGAAAUUUAAAUUCUAUUCUAGAUUUAACCGUAAGCCAGUGUAGCGAUGCUAAUACUGGAGAAAUGUGCUCUCUUCUCUUUGUUCUCGUCAGGACACGUGCUGCGGCAUUUUGGACAAGCUGUAGAGUCUUUAACGACUUACUGCUGGAGCCUGAUAAUAAUGAAUUACAAUAGUCCAGUCUCGAUGUAACAAAGGCGUGGACUAGUUUUUCUGCAUCUUUUUGCGAAAGAUGCAGAAACAAUGCAUUAAUCAAAUGUAUUGUUGCAUUUUGAUGAUGUGCCGUUUCUGACACAUUCUUUUAAUAGUUUUAAUAUUGUCUUUGCAUCUGCCAAAUCCAAUUUUCAUUUUGUACAACUGAAAUGUCCACACUUUGUGUCUGCUGUUUUUACUCGUUAAAUUUAUGGUUGAUUUUAUAUUUGAUUUGUGUUUUGGGGGAAUAAGCCAUGAAAUACACUCCCUUCCCUCAGCUUUAUGUGUUUGUGUCCUUGUAUUGUCCUCCACUUUGAAGAGGUUAUUUCAAGGUUAGUUGAGCACAUGAAUAAAAAAAAUGGAUAUGCAGCUACAUAACUGAGAAUGAAUGGAAUUAUUUAUAAAUUAAUUCAGUCUGUUUGAGUCCACAAAACACUGUAGGAGUUUCCGGGGUAAAUGGCAUUGCGUGAAAUAUCCCUUUAAGCUACUACUUUUGUAUCAGGAUUUCCAUAAAAUGGAUCUCUUUAAUAGGCUUAAAUUGACAUCAAACAUACUUGCUUUUUUAGCAAAGUUUAAUGAACACACCAAAAGGAUGUAUUACUCUAUGGAGGUCGUGUCUACGAAGAACAUGUUGGAUGCACCCCCCUUGGCUAAUCAGUCUAUAGUCCAAACAUGGGUUACAUACACACCGGGCUACAUUCUCAUGUCUGUGGGUAAGGUAAACAUCUUGAGUUCAUAUUAAAGGUGUUUGAAUGAAACAUCAGCUCUGUUUGUGGCAUCUAUUGCGUGGCAUCUAUUGCACUUCUGUCCGUCCUGGGAGAGGGAUCCCUCACAUGUGGCUCUCUCUGAGGUUUCUACAUAUUUUUACCCUGUUAAAAGGGUUUUUAGUAGUUUUUCCUUACUCUUGCUGAGGGUUAAGGACAGAGGAUGCCACACCCUGUUAAAGCCCUAUGAGAUGAAUUGUAAUUUGUGAAUAUGGGCUAUACAAAUAAAAUUUGAUUGAUUGAUUGAUUGAUUGGUUUGUCACUGGACAGAAAUCCAGUGAAAUCCUUUUAUGACAGAAUGAGGGUGGAACAAACCUCUCUACAUAAUCAAACUGUACAGACUGCUGCAAGGGCAAGUGUUUUCCAACCACUUUAUCAAGAGAGGCGAAACCGGGUACUAAAAACCAUUAGGAGUCAUGAGUUGAGUUGUAGAAGUAGUGUGGUCAACAUUCAGAUUACUGAAGUUAUGGGUGAAAACAUGUUCGAUCUCCAGAGGGAAAUAAACUGAGCUGUGCCCAUAAACCUGCAACUUCUCACAGGAAGAAUGGGAGGAUCCUCAGAUUUCUGACUGACCACCUACCAGCCUACCUUCCUCCCUGAAGGGUGAAACUCAACUUUUUUUUAAUUUUACAAACUAAUUCAGUUGCUAAUUGCCUGUGAGAUACAUUGUACUAAACUGUGGAAACCGUCUACAGCCAAACAGUUUACAUAUCAAUACUAAUCACAGCUCUCAUGUGAGUUACAUUGUGUCCAAUGUUAUGCGAUCAGUGCUUUGAUGUGUAAAUAAAAACUCAGAAUCCUUUCUCCUCAAAGGUUAAACUGAACAAAUGAUCAUCUUGUAACACAUUACUUUUAUUGUUUUAUUACAACCUCUAGUAUCAUCAAUUUGUAAAAUAUGUUACAUGUUAUAAUUUGUUUGCAGGCUUAUGUAAAAAAUUGCAAACAUGGUGAGAUAAGAAGUUUGCUUUGGUGGAGGUAUGCAAUCUCCUAGCUACAUAUUUUAUCUAUUAUAUAAUGUGAAAAUACAUCAGCUUGACAGUUUUAUACUUAAUAACAGAGAUUUGCCUUUAUAUAUAAUUUUAGGUCUUAUAUAUAUAGUUUGAGCGGCUGUGGAUGAGAAAAAAAGUGCUGCUCAUGUACUGUAUGAACGUGCUCGUGAAUGGGUGAAUGAUAAAAGAAAAUUGUACUGACAAGCGCUUUGAGUCGUCAUAAAGACUAGAAAAGCACUGUAUAAAUACAGAUCAUUUACCAGAAGUGUUUCCACAGCAAUAUAUAUCACAUUAACUUUGCAAUUGUUAUAGAACAAAAAAUAUGCAAACCAAAUAAGCUACUGUAGCUGUAGAAAACAUUGUGUAGAAAAUGGCUUAUGUAGUAAACUUGUGAAACAUUUGCAGACGAACAAACACUGAAGGAAGAAAAAAAAACGUAUUAUCAGCAGGAAGUUUGAGCCAUUGUUUCAGUUCUUCAAUUUGUUAAACGUUUUUUGUCAGUUUAGCAGUUUAGCCUCGGCCAAAUGAUAAAUGUUUGAAACAUUUUCUUUCCCUAGUGAAGCAAAGAUGAACAUUGAAUCUCAUAGAGGUUAGAGGCUGGAUUGAUUGCAGAAAUUGCCACGACCACACUGGACACAUUUCACAGGCUAGUGUCUGACCUGAUCAGUGCAAACAUCAUCUGGAACACCAACAGGAACUCUGGUGGUAGAGACGUGGUGUUAAGUGUUGGACGACCUAUAAGAACGCAAAAGAAUAUGGCUAGUGGCAACCUCUGCCUGGAAGCUCCUUUGUUUCAGUGGCUUUUGGACUCCAAUUGGUACAGUAACACUGGCAGACCCACCAUGCAUUAACAACGGCUUAACUGAGGGUUUGCAAAACAGCUAGUGGCACCACCUCAUGUGGCAAUUUAACCUUGCAAAACAUUCAUUAAGGAAAUCAACUUGUCAUACUCCUUCGCUAUGUGUGACAUAGGACCAACAUUGGAUAGCAAAAUGUGACUUCCGUUUUCUGUUUGCAUCGAUUGCUUUGAAUUGAACAAAAAAAAAUCGAAACAAUUAAAAUAAUUAAGCUGCUCAUUGCCAUAUUUUGUAUUAUUCUUCAUGACUAUUUUAAAGAGUCAUAUGUGAAGAUAUGAUAUUUCAAUAACUUGGUUUGUAUCAAUUUUCCAAGAAAUGUGGUCAGUUUUGAAAUGUGAUAUCGGACAUGGUAUUAAAGCAUUUAAAUUGUAUGAA